AUGGGCCCGAGGGCCUGGACAAGGGACUGGACAACGAUGCCGAGGGCGUGUGGAGCCCGGACAUCGAGCAGAGCUUCCAGGAGGCCCUGGCCAUCUACCCGCCCUGCGGCCGCCGCAAGAUCAUCCUGUCGGACGAGGGCAAGAUGUCGGAAUGAGUUGAUCGCACGCUAUAUUAAGUUGAGGACGGGGAAGACUCGGACGAGAAAGCAGGUGUCCAGCCACAUACAGGUUCUAGCUCGGAAGAAGGUGCGGGAAUACCAGGUUGGCAUCAAGGUCUCUAGCCACUUGCAGGUUCUAGCCAGGCGGAAAUCUCGGGAGAUUCAGUCCAAGCUGAAGGCCAUGAACCUGGACCAAGUCUCCAAGGACAAAGCCCUCCAGAGCAUGGCGUCCAUGUCCUCUGCCCAGAUCGUCUCCGCCAGCGUCCUACAAAACAAGUUCAGCCCACCUUCCCCUCUGCCCCAGGCCGUCUUCUCCACUUCCUCACGGUUCUGGAGCAGCCCCCCUCUCCUGGGACAGCAGCCUGGACCCUCUCAGGACAUCAAGCCUUUUGCACAGCCAGCCUACCCCAUCCAGCCGCCCCUGCCGCCGACGCUCAGCAGUUACGAGCCCCUUGCCCCGCUCCCCCAAGCUGCUGCCUCUGUGCCCGUGUGGCAGGACCGCACCAUCGCCUCCUCCCGGCUGCGGCUCCUCGAGUAUUCCGCCUUCAUGGAGGUGCAGCGAGACCCUGACACGUACAGCAAACACCUGUUUGUGCACAUUGGCCAGACGAACCCUGCCUUCUCCGACCCGCCCCUGGAGGCAGUCGAUGUGCGUCAGAUCUACGACAAGUUCCCGGAGAAAAAGGGUGGACUGAAGGAGCUCUAUGAGAAGGGCCCCCCCAAUGCCUUCUUCCUCGUCAAGUUCUGGGCCGACCUCAACAGCACCAUCCAGGAGGGCCCGGGAGCCUUCUAUGGGGUCAGCUCCCAGUACAGCUCAGCCGAUAGCAUGACCAUCAGCGUCUCCACCAAGGUGUGCUCCUUUGGCAAGCAGGUGGUGGAGAAGGUGGAGACUGAGUAUGCCAGGUUAGAGAACGGGCGCUUCGUGUACCGCAUCCACCGCUCGCCCAUGUGUGAGUACAUGAUCAACUUCAUCCACAAGCUGAAACACCUGCCCGAGAAGUACAUGAUGAACAGCGUCCUGGAGAACUUCACCAUCCUGCAGGUGGUCACCAGCCGCGACUCCCAGGAGACCCUGCUGGUCAUUGCUUUUGUCUUCGAAGUCUCCACCAGCGAGCAUGGGGCCCAGCACCAUGUCUACAAGCUCGUCAAAGACUAGGGUGCCCUCUGUCCCCACCACCAGGAUCCAGGACAGCAUCUUCCUCAGACACCUGCCUGGCACCCCUGGGGGUUCAGGAUUGAGGAUUCAUCUGCCUGCCAGGUCUCAGGCCCAGGACCCAGGAGGCCUCCCCACCUACCCCGCACACACACCCCUGCCACUGUUCUGCGCUUUAAUUGUGGGAGAAGAGAGGGGGGCUCUGCGGUGGGGCAGCCUGGCUGGGUCACCAAGCCACCGUCACCCAGUUCUGCCCAGCCUCAACUGAAUGGGGGACACCUUUGGGCUCAGGUGUGUGUGGCCACUGGCCCCUCAGGGGAGUGUGACCAGUGGGCGAGGGAAGACUGCAGGGGAGGCGGAGUGCGGGGGCCAGGAGGGAGUGUGGAGUUGGGGUUAUGUUGAGAAGAGGGGAGCCCACACUGUCUGCACCUGCCGCGUGCCAGGCCCCCUGCAUGCCUCGUGCCAUCUGCAGACCCUGCAAGGCAAGCGUGGGUCUCGGUGUCUCAGAUGAGGAACCGGUGGGCAGAGUUGGGGUUCUCACGCAGGGCUGCCUGUCCCCAGAGCCCAGGUUUACACUACCUCCCUGCCGAGGACUAGCCCCGGGGAGUGGGGGGUUCCACCUUGAGGGGCUGGGCCAGCUGCAUUGGGACCCCCCCGACAUGGGGAGCAGCUGUUUCUGAUCAGGCAGGGAAGGGGAACAGCAGGUACUCAGCCCUUGUUGGGCACCCUCUGUCAGCCCACAAUCCAGCCAGGGGCCUCAGGAGCCUCCUGCUCGACCUCCCCAGGCUGCCCUGGCCCAGGUCUUUCCAAGACCCCCAGCAGCCUCCUGAGGGCAGGCCUGGCUCAGAAAUAGGCUGGAGGGUCAGGUAGGAAGAUGGAGUCCCAGCCUCUGGGCAGACCCAUGGCCCAGGUGGGUGUCGCUACCUUGGGUUCUUCCCCACUCCAGUUCCCCACCUGGAGCAACAGCUCCCCAGACCCAGUUCUGGGACCGAAGGUUAACCCUGCCUGCUGCCUCUUCCCGACACCCAGGCCCCUGGGCUGCUCGGCCUCCGGGUAUUUAUGAGUUUCAUAUGAAGUACUGUGCCCCCGCCCCGCCCCUGAGCUUCCUGAAGGUCCUCACAGUUUGCAUAUCGCUCAGGCCACCUCCAACCCAACCUAGGUUUUAUAAUGUAUAUUAUAUAUUUUUUGUGUAUUUUUUCAAUCCAGCUGUGAUGGGUAUAUCAUAAAUGUGGCACAGGGCUAGGGCAGGCGCCCUCAAGGCCUGCUCAAAAAGAAAUUAAAAU